GCGGUUUCUAUUGAAGAAGGAAGAUACAUCGCGCUGAGCAUAAAAUAUUCUCACAAAAAAAAUCUAUUUUUAUAAAUAAAAAAUAACAAUCAUGCUCAGUAAACAAGUUUGUGCUCUCUCGCGUCGCGCUUAUUGCUCAGCUGUGAAUCUUGCCAGUGAUAUUAAAAAUGCAAGACCGUUCAGUGAAAUACCGACAAUGUCAUUUUUUAAAGUGGCUAAAGGUAAUUUGCCUGGUGGAAGGUAUUACAAGAAGUCAAUGAGAGAAAUGCAGCAAUUAUUUUAUGAAGAGUAUGGCAACAUCAUGAGAAUACCGGCUAUGUUAGGAAGACCUCAAUUUAUCAUCACAUUCAAUCCUGAUGAUUUCGAAACUGUUUACAGAGUUGAAGGCAACUGGCCUGUACGAAUGGGACUUGAUAGUUUGACAUAUUAUAGAGAUACAAAGCGUCAAGAGAUAUAUGGAGAUCUUGGAAGUCUUUUUAUAUCACAUGGAGAAAAAUGGGCAAACAUAAGAUCAAUUGCGAAUCCAAUCUUGAUGCAGCCGAAGACAAUUAAGAGAUAUGUGGCACAGAUUGAUGACAUUGCUAAGGAAUUUGUGGACUUAAUGAGGAAAAUUAGGAACGACAAAAGUGAGAUGCCAGGUGACUUCUCCAAUUACAUCAAUACAUGGUCACUAGAGUCAGUCACUGCUGUUGGACUUGAACGUAGACUUAAUCUCUUCGAUGAGAAAACACAUGAUGAAAAUGCAAAGAAAUUGAUUAAAGGAAUUCGAGACUUUUUCGAGAUGACUGUUGAGUAUGAUGGAAAGCCAUCAAUCUGGAAGUAUUAUCAGACUAAAGGUUUUAAGGAGCUGCUGAAAGUUUACGACAACAUUACUGAUGUCAUCAUGUACUAUAUUGAACUGGCUAUGAAGGAGAUGAACGAAGAUAAUUCAUCCACAGCUGAAACAGAAGACAGUGUUUUGAGGAAGCUCCUUCGGGCAGAUAAAAGAGUUGCAAUCAUUGUAAUUUCUGAUUUGCUGUUAGCUGGUGUUGAUACAACUGCUAGUGCAACACUCAAUACGCUUUACAAUUUGGCAAAAAAUCCAGAAAAACAGGAAAUUCUUCGUCAAGAGCUUUUUACAAUUCUUCCAGACAAGAAUUCACCGUUAACUCCUGAAAAGGCAAAGAACAUGCCAUACCUGAGAGCUGUCAUUAAAGAAUCCUUCCGUACUCUUCCAAUUGUAUCUGGAAGUGCCAGAAUGACUACAAAAGAUGUGAUUUUAUCAGGUUUUCAUGUUCCAGCCAACUCUCAUGUUGGAAUGCAGCCGGUAUUUGCUCUUCAGGAUGACAAAUUUUAUCAAAAUGCUCAACAAUUUUUGCCUGAACGGUGGUUGAGAGACCAGACUGAAGGUUGUCCUAGGGCUGGAACUUCAAAUCCAUUCACUUUUUUGCCUUUUGGAUUUGGUGCUAGAAGCUGUGUUGGAAAGAGAAUUGCUGAGCUUGAGUUGGAAACUUUAAUCGCCAACAUUAUUAGAAAUUUUAAGGUUGAAUGGCACUAUCCAGACAUGAAGAUCAAAAGCACUUUUGUAAAUAUUCCAGAGUCUGAGAUGAGAUUCAAAAUAAUUGAUGUUUAAAGAUUUUUGCAUGAAUUUAUAAAUGGUAAUAAUAAAGCUAAAGGUUUCAGGGAUAAAAUUUUUUUUUUAACGAUUCUUUAACUAAAUUCCAAAUAAAGAUUGUAA